AUGGAUUUCCAAUUGGAGCUACUGUUCACCGCCACAACCACCGUAUUCUUAGUUUGUGGCGUCAAAUUCCGGUGGUUCCGACGCACUAACAACCACCUGCCACCACCGUUCACCGCCGACGACAACAACGGCGACGGCAGAUACUGUGCCGUCUGCCUUAACGACGUAAUCGGCGGGGAGACUUGCCGGAAACUGCCGAAAUGCGAGCACGUGUUCCACGUGGAAUGCGUAGACGCGUGGCUAAAGAGUAAUUGGACAUGCCCAUUGUGUAGAAGGCAAGUUACCGAUCAGCUUCCGAAGCCAAAAGGUGAAACUGUAAUUUCACGCGCUGAGGAUUUUAUUUUGGAGAAGAUUUAUAAUCCUAUUACUGAGACUGUUACUAUGGUUCUUUUUGGGGGUAUGUUUAUUUCUCAUCCCUGA